ACAGAGUAUCACAUGACCCUCUCAUGUGAUUUCGUUCUGCGUCUUGCACAGCAAUACGACCGCAGAGGACGCUGCGUUUGUCAGUCAGUGUACUAAAAUAUCAGAAGCAUGGAUAGGUUUGACAAGACCUCGCUCAAUGCAGCCCCGGCGCUAGCACCAGACUUCAGAGGGAAUGAUGGCUCCUUGGUGUCAGCGCUGAAGACUCUCCUGUUCUUUACAAUCCUGAUGGUCACCUUACCAAUUGGACUUUAUUUUGCGUCAAAGACGUACUUCUUUGAAGCUACUUUGGGUCUGUCCAAUAACGACAGCUACUUCUACGCAGCGAUUGUGGCAGUGGUGGCUGUGCACAUGGUGCUGGCCAUGUUUGUCUACGUGGCUUGGAAUGAAGGCUCAAAUCAAUGGCGAGAGGGCAAGCAGGACUAACGGCUGACCUCUUUCGGGCAGACGUUUCUUGGUGGAGCACAUAAAGACGCAGGCAGGACUGACUCAUACAGCUGAGAAGUGCGAAGGGGCGUUUAGAACGUCACGAAGGAGCUCAGUAGCCCUUUUUUGCUACAGAGACGUCAAUUUCUCUGAAAAUGGAAAGGUUCCUAACAACAUGUCGUGGGUGUGCUCUUUACUGCUUUUAAAAAAAAACAAAAAAACAAAAGCAGUGCAGUGCAGAAAUUUCUGGUUAUCAAAAAAUAAAUUUUCCCAGAACUAAAUGUUCAGGAUAACAAGUGAAAGGGAAUUGCAGUGCAUCCAUGCAACCAUCCACAAGCGCUUACAUGUGCGAAGAUGAAACUGCACCGUGAUAUACUUCAAACAGUGUUGUGAGUGCUUCUUUAGAUAUUCAGUGGUUCCAGGUGCUGCGUUUUCACCAUAAAUAUUACUGUAGUUGUUAGUGUGUUUUUUGUCAUUUGUUUGUAAGUGGAAAGAUGCAAGUCACUGUCGAGCCUCACUUAGUGAAACGUUUUAAUGCUUAGAAGUGUGAAUUAGUUUAAACUCAUGAACUUGUUUUGCUCUGGGAUUACAAACGUGGGAUGUCAAAAUAAAUAAAUAAAUAAAUAAAAACAA